ACUCUUUCGUCCCGCAGCUAAUCACCAAGGAUCACCGCAUUUGUCGAUUUUUUCCUUCAUUUCACGUGACCCCUGGCAAUCGCCUGUUUACAAUUUGUCAGAGCCGUAUUAUUUUUUUCGGGAACACCAAAACCGCGUUACGCGCUUAGUGCUUAACUAAAUGAGUUUUUUGCCCACGCCGGACUUAUCGCUGCCUCAGAACCCCGGCCAAGUCUAAAGUCUCAAUCGGAAAAAGCAAUAAAAGUGAUUAACUAAAAUGUGGUUCUCGCGGGUUGAUUUGCGCGCGCGCUCGUCCAAAGAAGAGUUCGGUUCAUUUUUUUUUGGGAGCAUUAUUUCAUAACUCUCAAUGGUGUUUGGUGAUAAGCGUGCUGUGUUCUGUUUGUCCAGACGCGGUGGCCUCCGGAUCCGAAAUCCGGGGAUCGUCAGUCAGUUCCCGAGCGGCGCUCGAGCUGGAUUAACGCGAUUCUUAGGAGGUGGUUUCAAGUGGAUUUUUGAUUGAGCUUGGAGUUAUGUAAGAUUCUAGUGAUGAAGAAUGUUCAACGGUUUGCGGUGGCUUUGGUGCUGACCUUAAGCGGGUUGAGUUCGGUGGUUCUGGGAAAGUUCUGCUACGACAGUGAAAAAGUGCCAAAGUUAGUUCAGAAUAAAACCAAAGGAGUGGAAUACACCACGUGUAGUUACUACUGUAUGUUCGGAGAGCACAGUAUCCCCUUGGCGGUGACCGUUGAUAAGCUAACAUGUGCUUUGGAGUACGAAACCCGUCAGAAGCAGGUCUGCUGCGAGGGUUAUCACCGGUCCGGAAGUGACUGCUUGCCAACCUGCACCCGGAAGUGCGUUUUUGGAGAGUGCACAGCGCCGGAAGUUUGCACCUGCUACGAGGGAUACAGCAAAGUGAACGAAUAUCUUUGUGAGCCGGUUUGUGAGUCCGGGUGUGAAAAUGGCCGCUGUGUGGCACCGAACACGUGCGUCUGCGAGGAGGGAUUUGAGCGCAACGCGAACGGGAAGUGUGCCGAGGUGUGCGAUCGGGAGUGUCAGCUGGGGUGGUGCGAGGAGAACGAGUGCCGCUGUCACGAGGGUUAUGCGCCGGAAGAGGUCGCGGGAGGUGGUGAUAUGAGAUGUGUGGCGCAGUGUGAUGAGCCGUGCCAGAAUGGGCAGUGUGUGCAGCCGAAUGUGUGCCGGUGUGAGGCAGGCUACACCCUCUCCCCAUCAUCCCCCUUCGUCUGCGAACCCGUCUGCGCCGGAUCCUGCCACAGCUGCAUCGCCCCAAACACGUGCACCUGCGACGACGGCUUCCGGCUGACCACCCAAAACGAGUGCCUCCCCGUCUGCAGCGCCAACUGCACCAACGGCCGCUGCAUCGCUCCGGAGGUGUGCGAGUGCAACGCCGGGUUCACCUGGGUCGAUGAUGAGUGCGUUCCGGUUUGUGACGAUUGCGUCAACGGGGAGUGCGUUGCACCGGGGGUUUGCAUCUGCGACGAGUUGUACCGCUUGGUUGAGGGGCGCUGCGAACCGUACUGUCCCGAGGGUUGCGUGAAUGGGGUUUGUGAGGGUCCGGGGAUUUGUCGGUGUAACGAGGGGUAUAGAAGGGAUGAGGUUAGUGGGGUUUGCGAGGUUUUUUGUAGGAAACCCUGCGAGAAUGGGGUUUGCAGUGGGGCGGAUCGGUGCCGCUGUAACGAGGGGUACCAGCUGGACGGAAAGGAUGGGUUCAAGUGUGUUCCCAAGUGCGGGAAGCCGUGCAUCCAUGCGAAGUGUGUUGCGCCCGAUGUUUGCGAGUGUAAUAAAGGAUAUGUAAAGAUGGACAACAGUCGCAACAUCUGCGAGGCAAAGUGUACCAACGGCUGCUCGAACGGAGUUUGCGUUGGUCCGGAACGCUGCGAGUGCUUGCCAGGGUAUUUCGCGACAUCUAGUGCGAUCAACUCAAAGAAGUCGAUCUGUACGCCGUACUGCAAGAGCAAGUGCGUCAACGCGUACUGCAUCAAGCCGAACGUCUGUCAGUGCAUUACGGGAUACCGAUUUGCGGAGAAUAGCACAAGCGUUUGCGAGCCGAUCUGCGAUGACAGUUUGGUGGACUGUACUAACGGACGGUGUACCCAGCCGAACGUUUGCGAGUGUGACGAGGGAUUCGUGCUGGCGAUUCGCGAAGGGAAGAUGGUGUGUGAUCCGAAGCCUUGCGAUAGGCUUUGCGUGAACGGACUCUGCGUUGGGGAGGGAGUUUGUGAGUGUUUGGAAGGGUAUCGAUCUUCGGCGAAGUAUGACUACAUCUGCGAGCCGGUUUGCGAGCCGGGAUGUAACAACGGAGUGUGCAUUGCACCGAACAUGUGCGUCUGUAAGGAGGGAUUCGUAGCGAAGGAGGAUGGAUCCUGCGAAGCUGUGUGCAAUCCGGCGGUGGUGAACUGUACGAACGGGGUUUGUGUGGGUAGCGAUCAGUGUCAGUGCAAUAGCGGAUAUUACCCUCAGAUCGGAGUCGAAGGAGUUACGGAAUGUGUCCCAUUGUGUACGAGUAGUUGCUCCAACGGGCACUGUGUCGCUCCAGGUGUUUGCGAGUGCAACGACGGCUACCGUUUCAACGAUCUGGACAUCUGCGAAGCUAUCUGUGAUCCUCCUUGUGAGUUUGGUACUUGCGUUGAACCCGAUUACUGCGUGUGUAACGAGGGAUUCGUUCCGGAGAACGAGGACUUCUUCGAGCAGAAUCCCGUUUGCAUUCCUCUCUGUGAUCCACUGGUUGUAAACUGUAGCAACGGAGUCUGUGCUGGUAACAACUUCUGCCGCUGUCACGUAGGCUUCUACACAAGCUAUUCCAGCGAGGGCAUCAUGACCUGUCUGCCAGUUCCAGAACCAGUAACAGUGGAGUGCACAACCCCUUACGUAGAACUAGCCCCCUCUUGCGAGUGUGAUACCUCCUGUCCGGAAGUAGAAUGUCCAACGUUCGAACCUCCAACCUGUAACUUUACCUGUCCAACACCACCACCAUGUCCAACCCUAACCUGCCCAACAACUCCAACCCCUCCAACGACCACGAAAACCCCUCCCUGCGAAUGCCCCACCCAACCACCCUGUCCACAACAAACCUGCCCUCCACCAAUCGUUCCCGAGUGCAACCCAGCGUCAUCAGAGGAGCUUCCACUCCAAAUCGAAUGCGACCGCGACUACGUCAACUGCGCCCACGGAACCUGCCUCGGCAACAACGUCUGCGAGUGUGACGACGGCUACCAAAGGGCGAUCGGAGAUCGGGGCGUGAUCGUGUGCGAACCCGUCUGCGAUGUCCCGUGCACCGACGGAACCUGCGUAGCCCCAAACAUUUGCGAGUGCUUCGACGGGUACGCCGACGAUGGGUACGGGCGUUGUGAGCCCGUUUGUGACGAGCCCUGCGUGAACGCGGUUUGUGUCGCCCCGCACGUUUGUCGCUGCCUGGAGGGUUAUGAAGAAGAGUGGGAUGGAAUGUGCAGGAAGAUGUGCGUGCCGGACUGUAAGAACGGCGUUUGUCAGGACGGGGAGUGCGUUUGCGAGGAGGGUCAAGUGCUAACGGUGGAUAACGCUUGCGAAGAUCCGGUCGAAGUGGAGGAGAUCCAGACGGUCGUGGAAAGCAAGCCGCUGGAGAAGAUCCAAAGCCGAUUCUCCUUCGAGUGUGAGGACGGGUAUGAGUUCUCCGAAGAAGACGGUGACUGCAUCCCCAUCUGCGAAAACUGUGAGAAUGGAACGUGUGCCGGUCCCGGUCAUUGCGUUUGUCACGAAGGAUUCGUCCGGACGUACAUCGACGGAGCAGGUUCCUGCACCGCAACUGAACCAACGACGGAAGAGUCGACGCUAGCCGAGCUGCAAGCACCGCAAGCGGUGCUGGUGGAGCGAGAUGAAUCUCGACAGUCCGGCUUUUGGUCGAUGUUCAACGGUACGCACCUGUUGAUAGCGAUCGUGGCGGCUUCGACAGCGUUAGUCAUCAUGUUUGCAUCCUACUGGGUGUGUACGUACCUGAAAAGGGAGAGUCCGGUUCCCACCGAAACGGUCAUCGAUUAGGAGGAAGGAGUUUUGUUCACCCGAGUCAUUCCACCGAAGUAUUCAUCCACGCCAUAAUUCGUUAAAAUCUUCUUAGUAUUUAUUUGAUGGUUUCGUCGAAGCUUAUAAAAAAUAAAUAAAAAAAUAAAACAGUACGUCUUCGUUACAAAUUUGA